CUUCUGGCCUGGGGGCAAAUGUCCACUCCUCUCUUACAGCAAUUCCCCUCACUCGCUGUGUACCCACCAGCAUUCCUCAAAGAUCUUCUCUCUUCUCCUCAGCUCACAGAGGCUUUUCUCUUCACCCUUCCAGAAGUACAAGAACUUGCGGGGGAAGUGGAGAGGCUCGGAAGGGAGAAUCACGAUCUUGCAAAUAAGAAUCUGACUCUACGCGAUGAAUUGUUAGCGCUGCGAGAUGCUACCGCUCAAUCUUACGCUCAUGCCGAACAUCUCAAACGUCGCUGGGUCGAGUUGGAAAAGAUCCAAAAUCAGUUGUAUCAAAAACAUCGCCCUUCGUUCUUACAUUUAAGACUUCGGCACUCUUUGACGGCCCAAGAUGAUCUAAGCGAGAAGAUGGCCAAUGCGUUUAUCGAAGGGAAGAACGGUUAUCUUAAUGGUCAGACUCAAAUGAGUGUUCCGGGCUCUAGAGGGGAAUCACCAAUACCAGGCUCCACUGCGGAAACGACUCCUACUACUUCUGCCAUGGCUAUUGGGAAUGAUAGAAGUCAGAACAAGGCCAUAGAUGACUUUAUCAACGAUUUCAAAGCGGCUAGGAAGACGUAUCACAAGCGUGCUAUGUGGACGGAGAGGUGGUCCAGGGGUGAGGUUGCGUGGAGAGAUGAUUGAGUCGGGGUUAGGUCCUGUGACGAUAGAGGAGGACUGGUUGAACAAUUUCGGUUUUCAAUUCCUCUUGCCGUUAUCCCUAGAUGAUUGUUGCACUUGUGCUUCCAUACUUGACACCAUCUUGCAUAUACUUGUUGCCUG